AUUACAUGUUGGGAUUUCCCUUCCUCGUAGCAGCCUUGACAUCUAGAAGGCAGGCGGACUCGUUUGAGCGAGACAACAAAAGCCACGGGGAUACUGUCCCAGCUAACCUGGAUAAUAAUCACAAGCAAAGGUGUACAUCGGGUUUGUGUUUCCACCCUUGACCUGACAGGCUCAAGGAUAUGAAGGAUACAUGAUGGACAAGACAAGAACAGCAUCGCCUCCAACCACUGAACAGUGAAUGUCACCAUGGAGUCAGUGUUCAUCAGCAUCACGGAUCAGUGAAUGGCGACAUAUUUGUACUAACCACAGAGCAGUGAAUGGCGACAUUUGAGCACCACAGUAGUGAAUGGCAACAUAUUUGAGCACCACAGAGCAGUGAAUGUCCCUAUGUUGGUCACCGAGCAGUGAAUGGUGCCAUGUUGAUCACCGAGCAGUGAAUGGUGCCAUUUUGGUCCCCAAGCAGUGAAUUGUGCCAUGUUGAUCACCAAGCAGUGAAUGGUGCCAUGAUGAUCACCAAGCAGUGAAUGGUGCCAUGUUGAUCACCGAGCAGUGAAUGGUGCCAUGUUGAUCACCAAGCAGUGAAUGGUGCCAUGAUGAUCACCAAGCAGUGAAUGGUGCCAUGUUGAUCACCGAGCAGUGAAUGGUGCCAUGUUGAUCACCGUCCAUCCGUGAAAUUUGUGCCUGCUUUCAAGAAUUAUUUUUUUUAACAGAAUGAAAGUUGGAUGUGAUACAUGGUGACUUUUCCCUAAUCUGAAAACAAUAUUUAUUUUUAACUUGCCGUGUGACCAUGCCAUAUUUAUAUCAGAUAAGAAAUCAUUAACACUAAAGUGUGAAUCAUUUCAUUUUCGUUAAAAAAAUUUCCCAUGUCGAGUGAUAGUUACUAUAGCAACAUCAGCAAGAUUUGGCACAAGGCAUAAGAUACCAUGCUGUCACAGAGCAAUUGACAUAUUUUGAUGAUUUUUAACAAAUUUGGACGAGGUGUGAUGAGAUACUGGUGCUAAUGUUCACUGACAGUGAAGAUCACAGACAAGAUUUCGAGUCCACCCAAUUGUUACACUGCCUGAGGGAAAGUCAUUUGUUUUGUACAGGAAUACUCAUAUCCUUUGUGUGUCACUGAACAGGAAGCUGUCUCUGUUGAAAAUAGAUAUAAUAUUGGUUAUAUGUAAGAUUCAAGUGUACUGUCAUUUUUGAAGAUGUGAGACAAUCCAUUUACCUGGCAAGUCUGUCAAACCAGGUUUUUUGUGUACUGUCUGUUUGAAGAUGUGAGACAAUCCAUUUACCUGGCAAGUCUGUCAAACCAGGUUUUUUGUGUACUGUCUGUUUGAAGAUGUGAGACAAUCCAUUUACCUGGCAAGUCUGUCAAACCAGUUUUUUUGUGUACUGUCUGUUUGAAGAUGUGAGACAAUCCAUUUACCUGGCAAGUCUGUCAAACCAGGUUUUUUGUGUACUGUCUGUUUGAAGAUGUGAGCCAAUCCAUUUACCUGGCAAGUCUGUCAAACCAGGUUUUUUGUGUACUGUCUGUUUGAAGAUGUGAGACAAUCCAUUUACCUGGCAAGUCUGUCAAACCAGGUUUUUUGUGUACUGUCUGUUUGAAGAUGUGAGCCAAUCCAUUUACCUGGCAAGUCUGUCAAACCAGGUUUUUUGUGUACUGUCUGUUUGAAGAUGUGAGCCAAUCCAUUUACCUGGCAAGUCUGUCAAACCAGGUUUUUUGUGUACUGUCUGUUUGAAGAUGUGAGACAAUCCAUUUACCUGGCAAGUCUGUCAAACCAGGUUUUUUGUGUACUGUCUGUUUGAAGAUGUGAGACAAUCCAUUUACCUGGCAAGUCUGUCAAACAAGCUUUUUUGUGAAGGAGAUAUAACAUUGGUUAUAUGUAGGAGUUAAAUGUACUGUCUGUUUGAAGAUGUGAGACAAUCCUUGCGUCGGCCAGGUUCAUGAAACAGUUCUCGUCAUGUGGACAUUAUGUCUGUUAUCUGUAUGAAGUCAAGUGUCUGAUGUGAAGAUGUGAGACUGUCUCUGGCCAGUCUAGGAAUCCAACAGUUCUUGUACUGGACAUCGGCUGUUGAUGCAGCUGGGUCAACAUGUCUGUCAACAUUGUGUCGGUGAUGCUGAUGAUAGUGAUGCUCCCUCCUGCAGCAGCAGAAUGGCCUCUUGGAGAACUGGUUCCGUCAACUCCGGGAGGGGACUAUGUUUUGAUUGGUCAACAGCUCCUGCUGGACUGUCACCUGAACAGCUCCACAACCUACAACUCGGGCAUGUUGUUUGUGGAGAAGGGGGACGACUUUAAUGGAAGCUUGACCAUCAUUGACAGCCGAACAGCUGAGAUGAACCUGACCGUCACAUCUCUGAGUGAUGCUGGGAGAUAUUACUGUUGGGUAGGAGUAUCAGGGGAAGGCAGCAGCCUGUUCGUGGGAUCACGCUUAGUGGAAGUUGAAUAUUACCCUGAGCCGGUUGUGAACAUCACGUGUGUGAAGUACAACUGGGACGAAAAAAUGAACUGCACCUGGGACCUUGGUGUAAACUACGUCAACGCUUCCAAUAUUGAAGUUUCUUUUUUUUACCAGACACGGAGAGGUGAUAACGACACAGAUGUGACUAGGGGGAAAAGAUGCCCCAACCAGACCCAGACAGGGUGCUACUUUACAAGGUACAACUUUCCCAGUCUAAAGUAUGUUGUCCGCGUGAAGAACAAGAGGACGAAUGAGCCAGUGAAUGGCAGACCCAUCUUCUCAAAAUGUAAUGAUCUCGUUAAACCUGAUCCAAUCAAUGUCAUCAAUGUCAAUACAACAAAAACUAAUUUCACCUUGGUCUGGAAUCAUAAUAAGCGACUUCGAGCAAAAAUGUACCGUUUCCGUUUCCACAAAGUCGGAGAUGCAGACUGGAAGGAAGUCCUGAAAAAACCUGCACCAGACUUUGAGGAGGAGCCUCCAAGCAUGAGUCAGACAGUGGUGGGUUUACGGCCAUACACCCUGUACGAGGUGGAGAUGGACACCCGGCCCACUCCUACCACUGGAUACUGGAGUGACAAGGUCACCAGGACCAAGAGGACACUGGAAGAUGUGCCAGCUACAGGGCCACACACCACCCCAGGCAGCUUCUACUCAGAGGUCUGUCAUUCCAACAUCCACGAUGUCACCGUGUUUUGGCAGGAGCCUAGCGCAGCAGAUCGCAAUGGGAAGAUCACUCGGUAUUUGAUGGAUUACAAUGGCAUCAGGAGUCGGUUGGAUGCAGCAGAGUUCCAGUUCACAGCUCCCAGUCUGCCUUGUGAUAAACGUCAGGUUAUCUCCCUGGAUGCUGAGACCAGUGUGGGAGCAUCAGGGAACCCAUCCCUCAUUGUCGUCCCACCCACAAGUCAAGGUUCUAAUAUUCAAGAUUUUGACAUCGUGGUGUCUGACAGAGAGGUCAAGGCCAUGUGGAAGCCACAUGAAGGGGAGGUAACUGACCUGUAUGUGUACUGGUGUGUGGGAUCAAGGAUCAGAAAGAAGUGUGAGAAACCUCUAAAAUGGGCACCAGUCGGGGUCAACAGGACCUCAUUCGAGAUCCCUGAUCUGAAGGUCGUUGUUGACGAAUACUUGUUCGGUCUGUCAGCCGUCAUUGACAACGUGACCACCGGUAUCACUUGGGCGGAGUGUAUUGUAGAGAAGGGAGCACGGCCCACAGAGACGCCGAUGGGUCUUCAGGUUGAGAAGACUGCCUCCCCAACGAGCCUAAAGCUGAAGUGGCCCAAGACGAGGUGUAUUGACACGGCCCUGAUCACCAACUACCGGCUGUAUGUCGGAGAAGUGUCCGGCAAAAACAUCAUCAACAAGUACAACAUCACCUACAACCUGACAACAGCCCAACAUGUUGCUACGGAGCUUCAAGCAGGGAGAAACUACAGCUUCAGGUUGCAGGCUGUGUCCUCUGCAGGAGUUGGACCCAUCAAUGACCCCAUUUACCAGGCGAUUCCAUCAGAACGUGGAUAUUUGCAUUUACGGGAAGGAAUUGCUGUUGCAGUUGUAAUCGGCGUUAUCAUGUUGGCAGUCAUCGUUGUCAUAUACAUGUAUAGGAAGAGAAAACAGUGCUGGGCUAAAGAAACAAUCAGUUUACCCAAAUGGACAAGCCCAUAUUCAUCCCCAUCACAUGAGAUGCUGCGGUCAGAUACCUCCUGCUCCGGGUCAUCCUCCCUGGAUGCAACCAACCAGACUAAGGCCACUGAGGAGGAUGUGAUCUGUUCCGGUUCCAGCAACAGCACCAGGACCAACUCGGAUACUAACAUGCAUGGCAUCCAGAAUGGCAUCCUGUCUGGUCAGACAACCGGCCUAAAGCUGACCAGUGACCCUGAUCAAAUUCAGGUGGUCAUUAACCCAAAUGAGUCUUAUGUCCAGAAUGGAAUCACUUAUUGUCCAGACUACAAGAAGAUAGGAGAUAUGGAGCCAAUGCAUGGUAAUAGACCAUCAGAGAAUUAUUCUUUAUUUUCUGACGCAGGUCUCGUAGAUGCAAGACAGAACCAUCUUCCUUGCAGUCCUGAAGAAGAUCAAGUGGUUCACAACAAAGAUGUUGCCGUUCAUAGCAUAAAUCCCAUGUCACCCUAUGUGAAGACCACUUUGGGCAAUGUGGCUCCAGCUUUCCAUCCAAACUAUGUCCAAGAACAGCAGGUGACUGAUGGGGUACCUUGUGUGAAGACAAUCAGUGCUGAGGUUAAUCAUCCCAACUACCUUUCCAACACAAGCCCACCAGUUAUCCUCAACGCGGAUUAUGUACAGGUGCCAUUGGUGAAUGCUUGUAAAGAAGAAGCAUCUGACAAUUCCAGGUCAAGGUCAGAAAAUUCUGGGUCAAGGUUAAGUAAUUCUAGGUCAAGGUCAGAUACGUCAAGGUCAACAUCUGAUUCCAUGGAUGCGUAUAUGAGGGCUGGCCUUGGUUCAGAUGAUGUCCAAACGUCACCAGAAUCUCCAACCCACCCCGACUAUGUAUCAGGUGUUCCCGCAGCAGGGCCUGCUGUUCUGCCACUGGAGGAACAUGCUCUGGAGGAGAUCCACCGGGAUGGAGCAAGUCUCCACAAACCGCCUCCUGCUGGCAUGGAAGUAAACCCUGAUUACAUUUCCAUCACAGACAACUGUACUAAACUGUAGUCACUGGCAUCCUCAUUAAGUGUAACCCUUCCAACACAUCAUCUGUAAUUGUAAUGAGACAUUCAUUUUGGUGAGAACAGAUAGCCACAAUCUGUGCUUUGAAAUCCAGUUAUUCAUGUCCUCUAGAUUAUUUUGAAACAGUCCUAGUCCCGAAUCAAUGCUGAUUGUGCUACAACACUGACUUCUGUUGCAUAAUGUUCCAAUCUACAGGAUAUAAAUGUGAGACAAUAUUGGCACACUCUACACUGAUCUACAAUAACGACGCUUGAAUGGCAAGGCAUAUCACAUGGCAUUGAUCAGCCCUGGCAGUUGGUUACAACAGUGUUGGAACAAAAGCUAGAAAACUUGCAACUCAGUAUGAGGAUUUUGUUGGACAGCGCUCGUAUUUCCUACUUAACCUACUCAUGUAGGUGAUGAGGUCAUGACAAUCAGCUCACUUCUACAGUACAGGUAGGACCUCAUGGACAGGUCAGACUUUGAUCUUUAGAGGACAGUGACCUCACUGACCUUUACAUGCGUGAAAUCACUGCUCAUUCACGCAUCCAUAACAGUAUUUGUUUUAACAGAAAACAGAAAGGGAAAAUAAUUUCUUGAAGACAUUUACAGAUUGUUAUAUGUUGAUGUUGUUUUGAAUGGCAUUAGCUCUCUUGUUAUGUUUAUAGAUGCAGUAUUAACUUCAGGUAAAUUCUAAGAUGGUGGGUUUAGCCAUGCUGACACUAUACCACUAUACAUGUCCAUGUAGAAGUGGCUUGGUUUCAGAUUAGACAGGUAUGUUCUCUAGCUAUAGUCAUCUAAUUACAUGACGGGACAGUGACCUGGAUGGGACUCAACCCACAAAAGUACAAGAAUCUGUACUUUACACAGAAAGUGUUAUAGCAAAUAUAACAUUCGUUCCAUCUAGUCACAGGUUAGUCAAAAGUGUGAGAAGUCAAUCUUGAUGAGCAAGUUUCAGUCAUCACUGAUUCACCCAUACUGCAGUGAGUAUUCCCUUUGCACUGAUCAGGGGUGUAUCAAGGUUCUAUACUAAGCGCCCAUGGAAGUAAAAUUGGGACAAAAUCAUUAUUUUGUUCAAAAUUGGGAUUUUUAAAAAAAAAAUGUUUUCCUAAAUCUGGAGGUAUUUUCACAUUGCAAUCAGUGUGAUAAUGUGAAAUUAAGCAUUAAUGUCUCUUCCACUUUGUUGGCCUUGUUGUCAGUGAUAUACAUGUGACCUCUACAAAGCCAUUAACAUAAGUUAUAACUACUGUAAAUCUGGAAAUUAAUGUGUCUCUAAAUUAAUACGACUGCUGACCCCUAGGCAAAAAUGUGACUCAAUGUCAAUGCAACUCCCCCAACUCCAUCCCCAGUGGAAUGAUACCUAUCCUUACCUUAAUCCAGUCAAACAGCAAACAGCACAGCUUAUUAGCGCUGAGUAAAGCACUUCCGUAAAAAAAACAAUAAACAGUGUUUUCCUAAUACAACACACAGUUUAUAUGUUUACUCUGUUGACUGGCAUUAGGGAAUUUAAAGGCAAUAAAAUAACUGAACCAACAACAGUUCACUGAUUGCUGCCCAUUGUGUAACUCCUAUUCUUUGAAUGACAUUGUCAAAUACUUGUUACAACUGCUUAAUUAAGCGUAUUUGUGUUUAUAUACAAGUUGGUAUUUCCACUAUCCAAAGUGUCCAGUGAGGCUGUCUUAUUGUUGAUAGUCAUUUAGAGACAUAAAUGCGAAGUUAAUUAAUGCAAGUGUAGCGGCCAUAAAAUUUCCGAGUCCCGUGAUGGCCAUGGGAUUCGAACCACAGACCUUCUGAGGUCGGACACCUUGUCCACAUGACCAAAGAGGUUAACCCUGUCAGCAAGCUGACAAGGUAAGGAUGUCAUCUGUGGGAUGACUCCAUGCCCUGCUACACAAGCAAAGACCACUGAAAUUUUUCACAUGUAAUUCACAGCUCGCGUUAAUUUCAAGAUUUACAGUAUAGAACAUAAAGUGGAAAAAUUCUAAUUCCAAUUUGGGAAUUUUAAAUGAUAUUUGCUGCAGACUUGGGGCCAAAUAUCUGCCUCAGAGCAGGUCCCAGUACAUCCCUGCUGAUGAUAGCAGAAGCAACACAUGUUUUGAUAUGUGUCUUUUGACUCUGUGGCAAUAGAUUACAUGUUUUCACUAUCAGGAAUUGCAAUUUGGUUAUAUUGUUUAAUUAAAUAAAGUAGCAAUAGUAUUUACUCCAAUUGAUUGAUGAUGGCAAAACAUUUACUUGCCUGACGUUUGUCUGUCUCGUGUCUAGAAAAUCCAAUCUGUUUAUUGACUUUUAAAUGCCUGUUUUUUCAUUUUCUGGUCAUUGGUCAAUAUGUCUGAUAAAUCCAUGUGUACUGGGGUUUGCUAGGUUUUUUUGUCUUUAGUACAUUGUGUAGUAUUAAAUCAUAUUGUUUCAUGAACCACCCGAGAUUUUAUAAAAAAUGUGCAAUUUUUCAAGUUUUGAAAAACAUAUUUUCAUGUUUUCAGAAAACAGCAUCAUCAGUUGAUCAUAACACAUUUCAUAUUCUUAUCAUGUUGGUCAAAAAAACAAUUAAUUCGAAUUAAUCAUGAGUGUUUUAGUAGUUAUAUUUGUGAUGUAGGGUCAUCAGAAGGCUAUUUUGUACAAUGAUACAACAUAUUCCACAGUUUCAUACUAAGGGCAUCAUCAUCAACAGCUUCAGCCACUCCACAUGAGGAAGAUGCAGGACCCAUGAUGCAGUAAACAGUCAUUUCAAACAACAGUAUAUGAUUCUGUUGAUGAGAUUUUCUUUGGCAGCAGCCAUAUUGAAAAGCUAUUUAUGCCAUUCUUCAGCCAUUUUUAUAUAAAAUGUAAUACCGUAUUUGAUGUAAUAAUUAGAAAUAGGGGGCUCUUAUUAGAAUAUUAUUUUGGUGAAAAAAACAGAGUUGAAAGAUAAAUUUCAUGAUUUAUGAUGACAGCAUGAUGAGCUACAGUGAUGGGACACUACUUAUUAGAUUUAAUUAUUAUUUUUUUUAAUUCUCAUCCAAAAAAGGUAAUUCAAUUAAAUUUAAAAAGAUUUAAUGGAAUCUGGGCUUGCUCUAUUCCUUUGUUGUAGCUUUUGUCUCUGGCUGGUAGAAACCGUAAAAGCAAAAAAAUACAAUACUCAAUUUGUAGUCAUCUAGUCAUUGGCCCUAGUUCUACUGCUGAGUAUGACAGCAUUAUCUCCCCUUAAAUACUGCCAAGUUGAAGAGUUAUCUCCCUUGCAUAGUUAUCGCAGGGAUAUAUUUGUAGGCCUGGGUUAUUAACAAAUCUAUUUUGUGAUAUGGAUUGCAAUGGAGAUCUUAACUUGUGUUGUAUAUUUAGAUGGAUAUAUUUCUAGAAUGACAAUGAUUGUUACCAGUUUUCACUAUAACCUUGACAUAAACAUUCAUUGCCAUCAUAAAUAUAUAUGUAAGAAAAGAUUCAGUGGUGAAAGUUGCAUCUUAGAGCUGAUUGUUGUGGUUGACAGGAGUGAGAUUAUUCCUGCAGUCAAGUCACAGCAAUACCUUUUGCCUCCAUGUUUCCAGUAAGGAACAAUAAGUUAUCUACUUGUUUUUUCAGCAACCCAGCUUUCUGUAAGAGGCGACUAUGCUUGUUGUAAGAGGCGACUAACAGGAUCAGGUGGUCAGGCUCGCCGACUUGGUUGAUGCAUGUCAUCGUAUCCUAAUUACGUAGAUCAAUGCUCAUGAUGUCAAUCACUGGAUUGUCUGGUCCAGAUUCGAUUAUUUACAGACCGCCAUCAUAUAGCUGGAAUAUUGCUAAGUGCGGCGUUAAACAACAAACAAACAAUAUUAGGUUUUUAUCCCCGUCUGCCUUAGUACUAAAGAGUUCAUAUCAUUUUAGGGACCCAAACAGGCCAUUUUGAAUCACAAAACAGUAAAUGAAAAAGUAAAAUGUAAAAAAUAAAUAGAAACAAAUUGUGAAAAAUUGGAAUGACAAUCUCUUAUGGCUUAAUUUUCUUCCAUCCGUCCACCCAUGAAAGUAUUACCAUGUUAUCAGGAACUUGACCACGACAAGCCUCUAGUUGUGUGGGGUUAGUGGACACACAUACAUGUAAGUCAGGCUUUGUUCUUUAAGGAAUGCUGAUGUAAUAAAUGUGGUAUAAAGAAGCCAGCUUGUGAGACUUAUGAUGGAACAUAUUGCUGUUAGUCAGGAAUGCUUUCUGAUUUUAAAUGGCUGUUUGAAUCUUUAGGCUUUGCAUGUUAAGGGUGUGUUGUUAGAAUAGGUCAUGUCAUCACUGUGUGGGUGUGCUGGUUAGACUGCUGCGAGUUACCGUCAUUGUUGAAGCUACAUGCCGUUAGACCAUUGUGGUGAUUCAGUAGACAGACAUGUUGUAGUGAUUCAGUAGACAGACAUAUACUGUUGUUGUGAUGCCGUAGACAGCCAACAGAAUUGGAGAUAUACAGUAAUUGAUGGAAGAACUGAAGAAUGGGGGUAUUGAGACUCUUACAUUAGAAAUAGGAAUCUAGUCUAUUAAUUCAUGUUGAUGCAAUAAUCUUCCGACAUACAGUCAAGUCUCGUUAAUCCGACACUCGUUAAUCCGACACCCGGCUUUAUCCAACACAAAUGAUGGGACCGAUUGAUUCAGUGCUAUUUAGUCCUGAUAAUCCAACAUUCUCGCACUCCCACUCCGACACACCUAUAAUUUGCAACGAAUUACCGAAAUCAUGCAUUAAUCAGUCUUGUUAAUCCGACACAGUGGUCAGCGUACUCCGUGUGGUCAGCGUACUCCGUGGUCAUCUGCCCGCGAGUACACAACCCCGUGUUUUGACACGCACUGGCUGCAGAGAUUAACUUAACAAUUAACAGGAAAAGCUAUUCAAACCUGUAUGUACAAAGCUAUACAAAUGUAGUUUACAAACUGAAGCCAGAUAAAUGUGCAUGAAGCCAGUUUAAAAUACGAACAGGUAUAUAAAACAUGGUCGAAUUCAGUGAGUAAUGUCUCUAUUGUUAUGUAUAAAUGGGAAAAUUAUUAUUAUUUUGCAAUGUCAUUAAUUAUAAAUUAAGGAAUGAAUGAAUAAACAACAUAACAAUAUAAAUAUUUCGUUUUU